UCCUUUCUAUUUAUUACUUUAUUAUUUUGUUUUCACUUAGGCAAUACAUCAAACUGUUUCUGGUCAUUUUCUUCAAUGGCUUCCCCUCAAUUAAUCCCUUCACAUUCAUCGUUCAAUCAUCGAGCUUCGAUAAACCCUAAUUCCUCCAAUCCCUCUCUUUCAAGCCCCAAUUUAAAACCCAUUUCAAAGCCAUCUUCGCUCCUUCAACGGCGCAAAUUCCAAAGGGUCACCUCUCUCCGUUGCUCGGCUUCUUCUUUCCCGGAGAAACACCGCAUGAACUCGGCCAAAUCAGACGACGUCGUUGAGCUUCCUCUAUUUCCUCUCCCUUUAGUUCUCUUCCCCGGUGCUGUUCUCCCUCUCCAGAUCUUUGAGUUCCGUUACCGCAUCAUGAUGCACACCCUGCUCCACACCGAUCUCCGGUUUGGCGUUAUCUAUUCCGACGCCGAAACCGGAAUCUCCGGCGUCGGUUGCGUCGGAGAGAUUGUCAGACACGAGCGUCUCGCCGACGAUCGGUUCUUUCUUAUAUGUAAAGGACAGGAACGGUUCCGUAUAACCGACCUCGUCCGUACGAAACCGUACAUAGUCGCAGAAGUCGACUGGCUUGAAGACCGGCCCUCCGUUGACGAUGAAGAUUUGGAAGGGUUGGCGAAUGAAGUGGAGAGUUGUAUGAAAGACGUGAUACGGUUAUCGAAUCGGCUUAAUGGUAAACUGGAAAAGGAAGUAAAGGAUUUGAGGAAGAACCAUUUUCCGACGCCGUUUUCGUUUUUCGUAGGGAGUACAUUUGAAGGGGCACCGAGAGAACAACAAGCUUUGCUUGAGCUGGAAUGUACGGCCGCCAGGCUAAAAAGGGAGAAGGAAACUUUAAGGAACACUCUUAAUUACUUGUCCGCAGCAUCGGCUUUGAAAGAUGUGUUUCCCUCUUCAAGACGAUGGGUUUAAGUAAAUUUAACCAAAAUUUGUUGAAAUUUUGGUGAAUAUAUAUAGAUGUUUUGAUGAGCAAUUUGAUAUGCAUGAAGGUGGAAAAUUUUGAUAUUUAUGUUUGUAUGUAUGCUUGUUCUUUUACAACUAGUCAUUAGAAUCUUGAAUGAUAUGGUUAAUUUGCACUUAAGCUUAUUGGA